UUUUGCUGUUGUGGGCUCGAACAGCUUUCUGUGUAUUGGCUUGCCGCGGAGGACUGGCUCCGGUACCUGGACUCUAUUGCCGCAGAGCGCAGAGCGGUCUCACGCGCUCAGCAUCUUUUCUGCUUGCGGUCGAAUGUAAUGCGCGCGCCGGCCAUUGGGAGAGAAUACGCAGAUCUUAAUGGAUUAUAAAUAGAGUGCUCCACGCUGCAGGAUGCGAAGAUGGCCGCCCCCCUGUUUGCAACUCCAGGACCUGACAGUUUCAAGUACUUCACGCCCGAGAGUCUCAUUAACAUCGAAAAGCGCAUUGAGGAAGAGCGCAAGAAGAAGCCUGUCAAGCCACGCUCGGACAGCAGUCACCGCGAUGAAACGGAGGACGAUGGGCCAAAGCCCAACCGUGACCUGGAGGCAGGCAAGAGCCUGCCUUUCAUCUACGGGGACAUCCCCCCAGGCAUGACGGCCACACCGCUGGAAGACCUGGAUCCCUAUUACCAGACCAUGAAAACAUUUAUAGUACUAAACAAAGGGAAAACAAUCUUCAGGUUCAGCGCAACACCGUCAUUGUAUAUCAUUAGUCCGUUCAGUAUUUUCAGAAAAAUAGCAAUUAAAAUUUUGAUACACUCAUUAUUCAGCAUGAUCAUUAUGUGUACUAUUUUGACAAACUGCGUAUUCAUGACAUUUAGCGAUCCACCCAAUUGGUCCAAACAAGUGGAGUAUGUUUUCACCGGAAUCUACACCUUUGAAUCUCUGACAAAGAUUGUUUCCAGAGGCUUCGCUAUAGAUAGCUUCACUUUUCUCCGGGAUGCCUGGAACUGGCUGGACUUUAUGGUCAUAUCCAUGGCAUAUGUAACAGAGUUUGUGGACCUGGGGAAUGUGUCCGCGCUGAGAACAUUCAGGGUUCUGCGAGCUCUGAAAACUAUUUCUGUGAUUCCAGGCCUGAAGACCAUUGUGGGCGCUCUGAUCCAGUCAGUGAAGAAGCUGUCGGAUGUGAUGAUCUUGACAGUGUUCUGCCUGAGUGUGUUUGCGCUGAUCGGACUGCAGCUCUUCAUGGGGAACCUGCGUCACAAGUGUGUGUUCUGGCCCGUCAACCUCACUGACCCUGUCCUGGCCAACGGCAGCCGCGGCUUCGACUGGAAUGAAUACAUCAUGAACGACACUAAUUUCUACUUCCUGCCAGGCCAGCUCGACGCUCUGCUCUGUGGAAACAGCUCUGACUCGGGGCGGUGUCCAGAGGGGUUCACUUGCAUGAAAGCCGGACGGAAUCCUAACUAUGGUUACACAAGCUUCGACUCCUUUGGCUGGGCCUUCCUGACCCUCUUCCGACUCAUGACCCAGGACUUCUGGGAGAAUCUCUAUAUGCUGACUCUCCGCGCGGCGGGGAAGACGUACAUGAUCUUCUUUGUGCUGGUGAUCUUCGUGGGCUCCUUCUACCUGGUGAACUUGAUCCUGGCUGUGGUGGCCAUGGCCUACGAGGAGCAGAACCAGGCCACCAUGGAGGAGGCAGAGCAGAAAGAGGCCGAGUUCAAGGCUAUGCUGGAGCAGCUAAAAAAGAACCAGGAUGAUGCACAUGCCGCUGCCAUGGCGACGUCGGCAGGCACGGUGUCGGAGGACGCGGUGGUGGACGGCGAUGGUGACGGCGACGGCGGCGGAGAGCGUCUGUCCCGCUCGUCCUCCGAGGUGUCCAAGCUAAGCUCCAAGAGCGCCAAGGAUCGCCGCAACCGCAAGAAGAAGUGGCGGCAGAAGGAGCAGGAGAAGGAGAAAGGCGACAGCGAGAAGGUGGUCAAGUCCGAGUCCGACGACGGCAGCAAACGCAGCCGCUUCCGUUUCCCCGACAACCGGCUGGGCCGCAAAACCUCCGGCAUGAAUCAGUCUCUGCUCAGCAUCCCUGGAUCGCCCUUCAUGUCGCGGCACAACAGCCGCAGCAGCAUCUUCAGCUUCAAGGGCCGCGGUGGCGGCGGGUGCAAAGACGUGGGCUCGGAGAACGAGUUCGCCGACGACGAGCACAGCACGGUGGAGGAAAGCGAGGACCGCCGCGGCUCCCUCUUCAUCCCCUACCGCCGCAACAGCAUCAGCGGCUACAGCCAGGGCUCCUCGCGCCUCAACCCGCUGGCGCCGCACACUGGCGGCAAGCGGAACAGCACGGUGGACUGCAACGGCGUGGUGUCUCUGAUCGGCCCCAGGGGCCCCGGGCGUCUCCUGCCUGAGGUGAAAAUAUAUAGAGCUGCUACUGAUGACAGUACCACUGAGGUGGACUGCAAGCGGAAGCUCUCGGGUUCCCUCAUGGUGUCCGUGGAUCAGCUCAACAUGUCCUUCAGCCGGAAAGAACGAGCCAACAGCGCCAUGACUGUACACACCAACACACUGGCCGAGGAGCUUGAAGAAUCCCAAAGAAAGUGUCCGCCAUGCUGGUACAAGUUUGCCAACACAUUCCUGAUCUGGGAGUGUUUCCCAUUGUGGGUUAAGAUCAAGGAGAUAGUGAAUCUGAUCGUCAUGGACCCUUUUGUAGACCUGGCCAUCACCAUUUGCAUUGUGCUCAACACAGUCUUCAUGGCCAUGGAACAUUACCCAAUGACCCCUCACUUCGAGGAGGUGCUCUCUGUGGGAAACCUGGUGUUUACGGGUAUCUUCACGGCUGAGAUGUUUGCCAAGCUGGUCGCCAUGGACCCCUACUACUACUUCCAGGAAGGCUGGAACAUCUUUGAUGGCUUCAUUGUCAGUCUGAGCUUGGUGGAACUGGGUCUGGCUGAUGUGGAGGGUCUGUCAGUGUUGCGAUCCUUCAGAUUGUUGAGAGUGUUUAAGCUGGCUAAAUCGUGGCCAACCCUGAACAUGCUGAUCAAGAUCAUUGGUAACUCGGUGGGAGCUUUGGGUAACCUGACCCUGGUGCUGGCCAUCAUCGUCUUCAUCUUCGCCGUGGUGGGCAUGCAACUGUUCGGCAAGAGCUACAAGGACUGCGUGUGCAAGAUCGCUGUGGACUGUGUGCUGCCCCGCUGGCACAUGAACGACUUCUUCCACUCCUUCCUCAUUGUCUUCCGCGUGUUGUGCGGCGAGUGGAUCGAGACCAUGUGGGACUGCAUGGAGGUGGCCGGCCAGACCAUGUGUCUGACCGUCUUCAUGAUGGUCAUGGUCAUUGGCAACCUGGUGGUGUUGAAUCUGUUUCUGGCCUUGCUGCUGAGCUCCUUCAGCGCAGACAACCUGGCCGCGACUGAUGACGACGGUGAGAUGAACAACCUGCAGAUUUCGGUCAUCCGCAUCAAGAAGGGCAUCGCCUGGGCGAAGGUGCACAUCCGCAUACUGGUGGCCCACGUGCUCAAGAAGAAACCCGAGGAGGACGAGGAUGAGAAGGUCAAGUGCAUCGCUAACCACCACGGCGCGGACAUCGGGCGUGGCGACAUACUGGACUACCAGAAGAAUGGCAACGGCACGACCAGCGGCAUCGGCAGCAGCGUGGGCAAGUACAUGAUUGACGAGGACCGCAUGUCUUUCAUCCACAACCCCAACCUCACAGUGCGCGUCCCCAUCGCCGUUGGAGAGUCCGACUUCGAGAACCUCAACACAGAGGACUUCAGCAGCGAGUCUGAUGUCGAGAACAGCAAAGACCUGGACGACACAAGCUCGUCAGAGGGCAGCACUAUAGACAUCAAACCUGAUGAGGACGAGAUGGCUGUUGUGGAGGUGGUGGAGGAGUAUGUGGACCCAGAAGCCUGCUGGACAGACGGUUGCGUUGCCCGAUACAAGUGCUGUGACGUGCCCAUCACUGAGGGGUGGGGCAAAUACUGGUGGUACCUGAGGAAGACCUGCUACCUGAUCGUGGAACACAACUGGUUUGAAACGCUCAUCAUCUUCAUGAUCCUGCUUAGUAGUGGUGCUCUGGCCUUUGAGGAUGUUUACAUCGAGCAGCGGAAAACCAUCCAGAUCAUUCUGGCAUAUGCUGACAGUGUGUUCACCUACAUCUUCAUCCUGGAGAUGUUGCUGAAGUGGGUGGCGUACGGCUUUCAAAAGUACUUCACCAACGCCUGGUGCUGGCUGGACUUCUUCAUUGUGGAUGUGUCAAUAAUCACCCUCAUAGCUAAUGCCUUGGGCUACUCUGACUUGGGCCCCAUUAAGUCCCUGAGGACUUUGCGGGCCCUUAGGCCUCUGAGGGCCUUGUCGCGGUUUGAGGGCAUGAGGGUAGUGGUGAACGCUCUGGUGGGCGCCAUCCCCUCCAUCAUGAACGUGCUACUUGUCUGUCUCAUCUUCUGGCUCAUCUUCAGUAUCAUGGGGGUCAACCUGUUUGCUGGAAAGUACUACUAUUGCUGGAACGAGACGUCGGAGGAGUACUUCGAUCCAGAGGAAGUCAACAACCGCACGCAGUGCUUUGAGCUGAUCAAUUCCAACCACUCAGAGGUGCGAUGGAAAAACGUCAAGAUCAACUUCGACAACGUGGGUGCAGGCUAUCUGGCUCUUUUGCAAGUGGCUACCUUCAAAGGGUGGAUGGACAUCAUGUACGCUGCAGUGGACUCCAGAAAGGUGGAAGACCAGCCUAUGUACGAGGACAACAUCUACAUGUACAUGUACUUUGUCAUCUUCAUCAUCUUCGGUUCUUUCUUCACCCUCAACCUCUUCAUUGGUGUCAUCAUCGACAACUUCAACCAGCAGAAGAAAAAGUUUGGAGGUCAGGACAUCUUCAUGACAGAGGAACAGAAGAAGUACUACAACGCCAUGAAGAAGCUGGGAUCUAAGAAGCCACAGAAGCCCAUUCCCAGACCUCUGAACAACAUCCAGGGGAAGGUGUUUGACUUUGUGACCCAGCAAGUAUUUGACAUUUCCAUCAUGAUCCUGAUCUGCCUCAACAUGGUGACCAUGAUGGUGGAAACAGAUGACCAGUCGGAGGAGACGGAGAACAUCCUCUACUGGGUCAAUUUCAUCUUCAUCGUCGUCUUCACCUCAGAGUUUGUGCUCAAACUUUUUGCACUGAGACAUUACUACUUCACCAACGGCUGGAACGUCUUUGAUUGUGUUGUGGUCAUCCUCUCUAUUGUGGGUAUGUUCCUGGCGGACCUGAUUGAGAAGUACUUUGUGUCACCGACACUAUUCAGGGUGAUCCGCCUGGCACGUAUUGGUCGUAUCCUGCGUCUCAUCAAAGGAGCCAAGGGCAUCCGAACUCUGCUCUUUGCCUUGAUGAUGUCACUCCCUGCCCUGUUUAACAUCGGGCUCCUGCUAUUUCUGGUCAUGUUCAUCUUCUCCAUCUUCGGCAUGUCCAACUUCGCCUACGUGAAGAGAGAAUUGGGCAUCGACGACAUGUACAACUUUGAGACUUUCGGCAACUCUAUGAUCAUCUUGUUCAUGAUCACUACAUCAGCUGGAUGGGAUGGACUCUUGGCCCCAAUCAUGAACUACGAUCCCGACUGCGAUCCCCUCAAAGACCAACCUGGCACGACGGUCCGAGGGAACUGUGGGAACCCUUCAGUGGGCAUCUUCUUCUUCGUCAUGUACAUCAUCGUGUCCUUCCUCAUUGUGGUCAACAUGUACAUCGCCAUCAUCCUGGAGAACUUUAGCGUGGCCACGGAGGAGAGUGCCGACCCGCUCUGCGAGGACGACUUCGAGUCCUUCUACGAGAUCUGGGAGAAGUUCGACCCGGACGCCUCGCAGUUCAUCACCUUCGCCAAGCUGCCCGACUUUGCCGACACACUCGAGCACCCACUGCGAGUGCCCAAGCCCAACAUCAUCGAGCUCAUUGCCAUGGACCUGCCCAUGGUCAGCGGCGACCGCAUCCACUGCCUGGACAUCCUCUUCGCCUUCACCAAGCGUGUGCUGGGCGACAGCGGCGACCUGGACAUGAUGCGACAGCAGAUGGAGGAGCGUUUCGUGGCAGCCAAUCCAUCCAAGGUGUCCUACGAGCCCAUCACCACCACCCUGCGUCGCAAACAGGAGGAGGUGUCGGCUGUGGUCAUCCAGCGGGCCUACCGGUCUUACCUGGCGCGGUCCGGCUUCAUCUGCAAACGUCGGCGCGCCAACAACAAGUUGGAGAAUGGAGAAACCAAUCAGGAAAAGAAGGAGAACACACCCUCGACCGCGUCAUUGCCGUCGUAUGACAGCGUCACCAAGCCCGAGAAGGACAAGCAUGAAGAAAACGAGGGCAAAGGGCGCAAGGAAAAGGGCCGAAACCAAAAAGACGUCAGGGAGUCCAAGUGUUAGGCUGUCACCUCUCCCUGAGACUUUUCAUACCAAUAAUACUAAGAAUAAUAACAUAACUAUUAACUUCAAGCAAAAGAAAGAGAGAAUCUAAUCACACAUGUACAGAUAAAAAUUUCAUUUGCAAGUUAACAAACAAAAAAAAAGAUAUUCAAAAAUAAGAAUAAGAAACAAAAAAUUGUUUACAGACUUCACCGGUCUAACAGUGGAGAGAGAGAGUGGAGCAGUUUCCUUGAACCUUGAAGACUCUUUAAGAUGAAAUCAAACAUUAUCUGCUUUUGUCCUAUUUUGUUGCAUCCAAACUUAGACUCAAAAACAUACAGACACUGAGCUGCAGACCUGCAGUGGUGGAGGUGUUCAGAUGGGGGGGGGGGGGGGUCCACCCACCCCGGACCCUCAUUGGUUCUGGCAUGUGUGUUCUGAGCUGUAUACACCAAUCACCACUCUGCCCUCUCUACUCAGCUCAACCCAGCUCUGGUGGUGGCACUGAGCGAACAUGCAAACUGAACAGACACUAAAACUAUAGGAAGGGGAGAGCGGAGACCUCUCUCUCUCGACUCCUUCUCAGAGGCUGAGCCUGGGUGGGCACUCCUUGGGGUUUUUUUGCAUUACUUGAAGGGCAAAAAAACAAACAAACAAACAAAAAAACAAAAACAGGAAAAUGUGGAGAAAACUUUAUCACCAUCCAAAAAUGUUCCUCAUGAUAUUUACAGCAAUGUCACCAUCAGUAACUCCUCAUACAUUUCUUUGUUGUCAUGAUGUCAGACUUAUUUGUCCAAGCUGGUGCAGCUUACCAGGACCCCAUAAGUAUACGUAAACAUACACACACACACACACACAUACAUAUACAUACACACACAUACACGCAAGUCCAGACUCAUUAAUGGAUAAUUGUGCUUGUUCAAUGCAUAACGAUGAUGCAUGAUGGCAUGCUUUGUUCAGAAAUCUGCAUGAGUAAUCAGCCAUGAGUAGUCAUGAGGAAUCAUAGACCACCAGGGGGCGAUAGCGCUCAGCCUGCCACUGGGUGGAAGUCACAGGGCUGAGCUUGAACUUAGGGCUCUCAGGAGAGAGUUUGGCUUUAGGCCAGUUGUGUAACCGUGUGCGAUGGCUCUUCUAAACCAGAAGUUGCUCCAUUGGUCAGUUAUGACUGCAGUAGAGGCCUCUUGACAAAUCAGAAAUGAAUGUUGAUGAUUGACCGCUUUGUGGCACAUAGAGAGAGAGAAAGAGAGAGAGAGCGAGAGAGAGAGAGGUUAUUGCUAAAGACUGUAUAUUUUAAAAGCCUAUAGUUUCUUUUUAUGCAGCAAUUUUGUUAAUCAGCCUAGCAUCCUUCGAGUUGCCCUUGGAGAGGGUCGACCUUGGGCAGGGGCUGUUGCGUGAGUAUGUGUGUAUGUGUGUCUGUCUGUAAGAGUCCAAGAGAGAUGAUCAUAACUUCAGGGCUAUUAGGACAAGCUUGAACAUGUUGGAAAAGUCAAAGUCGUCUGGAGAGGGUGUUGAUUUUUCUGUUUAAACUCUGCUGCUUCGCAAAUGCCCUCUGUGGCGGCACUGUCCUGCUGGGUCCGUCUGGCUUUUUAAUAAAGACGUCCUGGGAGGUGGAAGAGAGAGGAGAGAGAAUGUGUGUGGUCGCAGCAGAAAGGGAGUGUCUUUCAGUGUCUCUCAAAGAGAGUGUUUCAUUAUUUAAAUGUCAUCGUUAUUAGAACAUUCUCAUUAUGUUGUAUCUUUGUGAACAAUUUUUUUUUUUUGGGGUGGUAAGCAUGUGUGUGCGUGUGUGUUUGUGUGUUGAAGGAUGCUAAUAUUCACAAGUUGUGAAAUAGUGAGACGUGUAAGCAUGUGUAACAAGGCAUUAAAAGUUGUGUGUGUGUGUAUGCUGUAACGUAUAGAAUGACGGGUGUAUUGUUGUAAGAAAUAGAGGGAUAUGUGUGAGAGACAGGUGUGUUGGAAGGUAAAAAAAGAUUUGAGCAUCAGGGGUUGCACCCUGUGCCCUUAGAGUCAGGUCUCGAGAACUCCUUCUCUUCAAGCAGGGGGCAAAAAAAGAAAAAAGCUGGAACACCGUCAGAAUCCUGGAGCUGCUUCCUGUAGUGAUGUAAUUUCUGACUUCUAUAGAUCCUUCUCUCUUCCUCUUCCUCCAAUUCUGGCUGCUGCAUGACAGAGCGUGGGCAUACACAUAAACCAAAAAAAAAAAAGAAAGAACAGAAAGAAAGAAAAAAAAGACAAAACUCAAAAUGAAAAACCAUCACUGCUUCCCCCUUACUGAACAACCAUUCACAUUCAUUAAAAAUAAGUAAAGAAAAAUCAGAAUCAGUCAUCACAAAAUAAAACCAAAUGAUAAAGACAGACAAUAUAAAAAUGUACAGUACAAGCUAUAAUGUAAACGGCACAAAUGCUAAAAAGUUAAGAAUGAACUUUUUAAGGGACUAUAAAUAAUGUAAUAUAUAAUUUUAUUUUAACAGCAUGCUUAGAUUUUGUAAAUACAGAAGUGGUUAAAAACUAUUGCUAUUAAUCUUAUCCAGCAAAGUAUUCUUAACCCCGGCUGACUGGCUUAGAGCACCUGUGGCUAGUUUGGAAAAGGUUUAGAGGGAAUUACAUUUGAUGAGACACUUUAACUUUUACGAGUGAAAUCUAAAAUUAAAGAAUUAUAUGAAAAUUUAAAAGCGUAUGUAUAAAUCAAUGCAAAUAUAGAGCUAUAUCGUGCAUGCAGACAGACACACAAAUGUGUGUAUGUGUGUGUGUCCAUAGUAACUGUGUGAGCCACAGCCCCAUCGUUUGUAUUUUUGGCUACACAACAUCAGUAAGCAAACCACACACAGACACACCUUUUUUAUACACAUUCGCUCACUCAGUCUCACACAAACACAGUCACAUACACACACACAGAGGCACACACACACACACACACACUCAUACUCCUUUUAUACGAGUGUGUUUCCUCGCACUUUUAUCCUAGUCCUUCCUUCACAUACAUUCUCCUUUUCCCUAAGCACUAAUUCAAACCCCUGUGUAGUAAAUGUUCCUUACACCUGUGUGUGUGAGUAUGUGUGGGUGUGUGUGACUGUUCAAUGCUUGUUUAAUUCUAGACCCCCACCCCCCACCCACACUAACACACAAACACUAGUGCAAUGAUAAUGGCUUUAUUAUAAUUUAUUUUAAAUAAUCAUGGUUUUCAUUGUUCUGUUAAUUUCAGGUGCAAUACGUCUAAACGGCACGUGCCUUUUCAGCUGCUUAUUGUGUUUGUUAACAAAGAAAAAGGAUAAAUGAUCCAAACAUUGCAAGCCCUCUGAUCAGUUGGAGUUCGCCUUGCCUACAAUGUCAAAGGUGAACAGGCCCCUGGCAACAAGGGCCUGUACCUCCAAUCACGUCUGUAUCAAUCCAAAACAGUGGGCUGUUGUGUGAAAGUGGCCCUUGCUUGGGGCCGAAUCUUUGAGGCCACACAGCGAAUGGUUCUCUCAUCUCUCUGUUAUUGUGUUCUUUCUGUAGAGACCUCACUCAUUCUGAUUAACAUGUGCCUAUGUUAUAUCUUCGCAUGACUGGGGAUGCUGACUUUAUUUGCUGAGAAUAAUCAAAAAUAAAGCUAGAUGUUUUUAUGUUUUUUUUUUUUUUUUUCGUUUUCUCUUUUUUGUUUUGUUUUGUUUAGUUGUUGCUGUUGUGGAAUGAAAUGGUGUGUUGCACAAGAGUGUGGCCAUGGAGAGAGUCACGGACAGACUGCCUUCAUUUGAGCACGAAACCUUUUUCCAACAAUAAAGCAGCCCUCCAAUUA